AAGGGGAGAGCGAACGAGACGAAAGAGCGGAGCCCUGAGCUUGGACAGGACCGUCGACCGCCAUAGCUCAGGAGCUGUGCUCCGCUGCGCAUUGUUUUGUUUGGAGCUCGUACGCGAGGGGAAGGGAGGCAGGCAGGCAGGCAGCAGGCACGCACGCACCGCGCGAAGAGCAGAAGGAGCUCGAUCGGAUCGCUCGGGCCACGGGGUUCGCAGAUCUCAGCAUUGAAGGGCACAGGCGCGAGACCGCUGUUCGAUCGGGCGCCCUGUGGCGUGCAGUGUGGUGGAAAUAGGGGAAUUUUGGAGGGCGUAGGUGUCGUAGCGUUAAGAUCUGGCAGAUCACAGCUGCAGGUUUUGAGGGGUAGACGAUGGCGGAGUUCGAGUAUGGGGGCGGAGGCGAGGAUCUUAGUGGGACUCGACCCUUCGAGUCCGAUUACAUGGGUUAUGAUCCCAGGCUGCCGUCUCAGCGCUUCGAUUCCUCGCAGAGGUUUGAUGAAUCGUUCCGAGCACCCGACCACUUCGCUCCGACCUUCGGCGACGAAGUGAAGGAAGAUGGAGAGGACGAGUACAAGAGUGCCAAUGGCUUCGGCUACCACCACGCAGAUCCCCCGCCCAGCUAUGGUUAUGAGGACGACGGUGCCGGCCGCCCCACCGAAGCUCCUUCGGCUUACGUACCUACUUUCGAGCCAGAUCUGCAGAAUGACUUCGGUGGAGAAGUGAAUUACUCAUCCGCACACCCUGUCUCAGGAAACGGCUUUGGCGCGAACGAUGACGAUGAUAACCUUUUCAGCAGUCUGCCUGCAGGAAACGGUCCAAUUUUACCCGAGCCUGAAGAUAUGAGAGAAGAAGGUUUUGCGCUAAGGGAGUGGAAGCGUGAGAAUGCUAUUCGUCUCGAAGAGAAGGAGAGGAAGGAGAGGGAGAAGCUUGCGCAAGUAAUCGAGGACGCAGACUAUUAUAAGGACGAGGUGUACGUGAAGCGUAAGACGACUAUGGAGAAUGGAAGGAAAACUAAUCGCGAUAAGGAAAAGGUUUUUCUGACCAACCAAGAAAAUUUCCACAAAAAUGCUGAUAAGCAGUACUGGAAAGCUGUAGCAGAGCUCAUUCCCAAUGAGUUGCCAACUAUUGAUACUAAAGGCCCCACCAAAAAGGACAAGAAGGACAAGGAGAGGAAGCCUUCGAUUGUAGCCAUCAAGGGUCCAAAGCCCGGCAAGCCUACAGAUGUGACUAGAAUGCGACAAAUCCUUGUGAAGCUGAAGCAUACUCCUCCCCCUCACAUGAAGCCGCCACCACCACCCCCAGCUCCAGUGGCCGAGAAGGACAAAGAUGCGAAAGCAAAGGAUAAGGACGGUAAGGAAGUGUUGGAGAAGGACGCUAAAGACAAGGACGCUAAGGAUAAGGACGUUAAGGAGAAAGAUGCCGCUGCUGUACCUGCAGAGGGUGAAGCUGCUGCUGCUGCCCCGGUAACUGAGGCUACGACUGAACCCGAGACACCAGCUCCAGCAGCAGCACCAGCGGCAGCAGCUGUGACUGCCUAAACUCAGGUGAUAUUGGUCGCAAGUAGCGUGAUCACUUGCUUUCGUGUUCGUAACAGCACUGAUUGUCUUUCUGGAAGGAGGUUCACACGAAGCAGGUGUCCCAUUUUUCCAUUUGUCUUCAACCACCAUUAUGCUUGGCGCAGAUAGAGAAUAUGGCAUCAUCAGAGGCCCACAGUUAACUUCAUUUACAGAGACUGGGUUGACUAGGACAUCACCACUGUGGAUUUGUGAAAAUCAUGUACCUGCGAUAAUUUUUUUAGAUGAGGCUGAUCUCUUCUACUCAGAUUCUGGCAAGUAGACUACGACGAUCUUUGAGAGAGUGAAGAUUGAAUGCCUUGCAGAUCUUUGUUGUAAAGAGGAGGGAAGGGUCUGAAUGAGAUUCACACACCAGUAUUUUUCUGUGGCGGGUAGGAGCAGGCAAGGCAGUUGGUUGUUGUAUGCUCCACACCCCAUGGGAGUUCUCGGGUUAUCAUAGCUGAACACACGCUGGAGGAGUCGUAAUUCAUUCAGCAUCUGCUUUAUCUCCAUUUCUGAUUGUCAAGUCCUUGUUCUUAACAGGAUGAUCAUUCCCAAGAUGGAAUGCCAAGUGUAAUAAGAGGCAUAGUCUAGGUUUGAGAUUCCUGAGUGAGUUCCUCAGGCACGAAUGAGUUGCGUUCUAGGGUCUUACUGUUACUGAUAUAUCUCGUAAACAUAAAGUAAGUCACAUUGACCAAUUUUCUCUGUCGCAUCAAGCUGUCAACAUUUGAGUGAAGGCAAGUCAGAUGUUUUGCCACUAAGUUUUGUGUAUUGAAACGUUCCGUACGAGAAGUAUAGUGACGGAGGUGGUCGCUUGGUGAGGCCAAACAUGCCUAUAGAGAGCUCAUGUUUGCUGGUCCCACUUGCGUUCUAGGGUCUUAUUGUCACCGAUAUGUAUCGUAAUCAUAAAGUAAGUCACAUUGACCAUUUCUCUCUGUCGC